AUGACCAAUUCAUCGAAAGAAGACAGUAAGAUAACCAUAAAAGACAAUGAAGUGGUUAUUGAAAAUAGUAAAACAGAUUUAAAGAAAGAUAAAGUUAAGUUAAUAGAUACACCAACAAAUUUAAGAACAUCAGAUGAAGAUUUAAUCAGAAAACCAAUAAGUUUAAAAUUUAAAGAAGAAGAAGUAACUCAUAAAGAAGAAGAGAUUAACAAAAUAGACAUUUACAAUGAUUUAUUGCCUGAGUAUGACAUAGUAGCAUUUCAUUACUUUCCAGAAGAAAUUAAGAAGUUUGUUUCACUUUUUAAGUCACUUAAAAUUAUUUUUGAUUUCAAUAGAAAAAGAAAGUUAAAUGUAAUAUUUGAUAAACACAAAUCUUCAAUAGAAAAGAUGUGGAAACAUAGUUUAAAUAGGCAUGUGUUAGACCAGUUAAAAGAAAUGAUUCCAGAUACUUUAAAAUUUAAGGAAGUAUCAUAUAAAGAAAAAAAUGUUGAAAUAACUUCAUUUUUAAUUAAGAUAACUAAAGAUAUUUGCAUUGAAGAAAGAAUACAUUCUUUUAUAAAUGACAGGUAUAAAAAUUGGUUAAUAGAGCAUGACAUCAAUUUUAAGGUUAAAAAAUACCACCCUGAUUUUUUGAAAAGUUUAACAGAUCAGUAUUCAGUUAAAAGAAAACAAAUAUUUGUAGGUCAAAAUAAGAAAGUAAAAAUAAAAGAAGAUAAGUUAGUUAAGAAAAAUGAAGAAGAGAAAGUUAAUAAGUCAAUAGAAGAUAAAUACAAUGAAAUAGUUGAGAGAGUGAAGAAGUUGGAAGAACAAAGAAAAUUAGAAUUUAUAAAGAAUGAAUCAGUAAAAAUAGACUAUUUAGGAAAGAUUGAUGAAAUAUUUGAAGUUACAAAGAAGAGAGCUAUAAAACUAGAAGAUUUAACAUAUAAAAUGGGAGGAAAGAAAAUAAAAGAAGAAAUUAUAAAAUCAAUAAAAGACACCAAAUACGUUUAUAAGAAAGUAGAUUCAAUAGAAUAUUUAGUUAAAGAAUAA